AUGGCGCAGUUAAUGAGCCUGUACCAGUACCCACAGAUCAAUUAUGGAACCACCAACCCUGCCCUAAAUGACAGACAGUUAUAUCCAAACUUUUACCGGAUUGUCCCAGAUGAUCAGGACCGUUAUACAGCUGUUGUUAGGUGUCUGCUACAUUAUGGAUGGAACUGGGUUGGAGUCAUUACACCAGGUGAUGGUAGCGGGGAGAUGGAAUUACAGGUGCAGAGAACAAUGAUGGUAAAACAUGGGAUCUGCAUUGAGUUCACCAUUAAACUAACUAAUGAUGACAACAUUAACAGAAGGAAAAUGACAGAGAUUGAGAAGCAAACUGCUAGAGUUAUAGUAAUUUGUGGCCUAUUCUCCAUGAAUUUCAGAAUGUUUUUUGAUAUAUCCGAAAAUUUAAAUGAAAAUAUCACUGUUAUUCUGCAUGAAUCAGGGACUGAUAUUAAAUAUUUGGAACACACCAUCUUUCGAGCAGUAAAUUGUAGCUUAAUUUUCACAAUGUCCCCUAAAAAGAUGCCCAACAUUAACAAGUUUAUUAACAACAUUAAUCCGUCUACUCAUCCAAAUGAUCCACUAGUGGAAGAUAUCUGGCUCUGGCUUUUCAAUUGUCUUUCCUCAAAUACAGUAAAAAAUAUUUUUUAUCAAUUUUUAUAUACAUUUUCUGGAGUGAACUGUACUGGCAUGAGUCAUAUUUUACCAUCCUAUCAUGGUAUGAAGAAAACAAAGCCUUAUUAUUCCUAUGUGGCAGUAUAUGCUCUGGCCCAUGCUGUGCAGAAGAUGAAACAGUGGAGGAGUAGAACUGAGAUGUCUGGAAGAAGACAAAUACGACACUACAUGAAAAAUCUCCAUUACACAGAUCCCACUGGAGAAGAGAUGAUAUUUAAUGAGAGGGGAGAUCUGCCGUCUAAGUGGGCUUUAGCAAACUGGGUCAUACACAAAACUGGCCCUUUAUAUGAGUUUGAUGUAAAACACGUGACCACUUUUGAAGAUGACCAGGUUUACCAACUGGAACCAGGAAAAAUCACAUGGAAAAGAGGCACGAUCCCCAAAUCUCGGUGCAAUGACAGAUGUCCUCCUGGAUACAGAAAAGCCUCUAAUGGAGGAUUCCAUGUCUGCUGUUAUGACUGCAUCCCGUGUUCUGAGGGGGAAAUGUCCAAUGUUACAGACAGUGAGACCUGCCAUAGAUGUCCUGAUGAAGAGUGGCCGGAUGAGAGAAAAGCGAGAUGUCUUCCCAAAACAUACGACUUUCUGUCCUAUAAACAGGACAUUGUGGCCAUAAUCUCCUCAGUAACAGCUUCAUCUUUCUCUGCCAUAACAUUAUUAAUAUUAGGGUACUUUAUUUAUUACUGGAACACUCCAAUUGUGAAAGCCAAUAAUCGGGCACUGAGCUUCAUUCUCCUGGUCUCCAUCUUGCUGAGCUUCCUCUGUGUGUUUUUUUUCCUCGGUCGGCCAGUGGAUAUAACCUGUAGGCUGAGACAGGCAUCAUUUGGGAUCUUCUUCUCCACAGCUGUCUCUUCUGUACUGGCCAAGACUGUCACUGUCUGCAUUGCUUUCAAAGCCACCAAACCUGGCAGUCCCUGGAGGAAGUGGGUCACAUUCAAAGUAUCAAAUUAUGUGGUCAUUGUGGGCUCCUCUGUCCAAGCUCUGAUUUGUGGUAUCUGGUUGUCUGUUUCUCCUCCCUACCAGGAGUUUGACCAUCACUCCUAUAAGGGAAUAAUCAUCAUUCAGUGUAAUGAGGGGUCAGUGAUUGGGUUUUACUCUAUGUUGGGUUACAUGGGGAUCUUGGUGGCUGUGAGCUUUGUUCUGGCUUUCAUGGUGAGGACAUUACCAGACAGCUUUAAUGAGGCCAAGUACAUCACCUUCAGUAUGCUGGUGUUCUGCAGUGUCUGGAUUGCAAUGAUCCCAGCCUAUCUGAGCACCAAAGGAAAAUACAUGGUGGCUGUAAAGAUAUUCGCCAUACUGGCCUCAUGUGCUGGAGUUCUGGGCUGUAUAUUUUUUCCUAAACUCUACAUUCUGCUUUUCAGAACUGAAUUGAAUUCCAGAAAAAGUAUGCUGGGAAAGACCAAACCUAAGGAAUUAUAUAUGCAUUAG